AUACCUUUUUUUUGUUGUUGUAGGGGGAGAGAAGGAGUGCUUCUUUUAAUAUGAAGUGUAAUCAGUGUAAUUUCUAAACAAUAUUACUCUCUGAAGUUUCGCAUUUUUAGAGGACGGAAUGAAAAGCUCACACAGGUUUGUUUUCUUGGAAAUGGGGUUUAUGGAACAAUGGAAGGAGAUUAAAAGUGAGGAACUAAUAUAGUAAGCAGCACCGUGAGUUCAUUUCUGCAGUGUAGACCUCACCAAAAAUUUGGUUACCGGUUACCUAAUAAAUUGGGUGCAGUUAUUAAAAAAAAAAAGAGAGAGAGAGAGGAAAAAACGCGGUAGUUGUGAGCUUUAGCCACUUGGCUAAGCGUUACGCUACUGCGCAUGCGCACGUGGCACUUUACUCAGCCGCGCGAGGAAGCCGCUCGAGAGCACGCAUCCUUGUCUUCUUCCUCACCCACAGCCAGUGUACACCCUGACAGGAAAACUCUUCUACACUUCACUUUAUUUUCAUUAAACUAUGUUUUCCAGUAGUCUGACACAGAUACAACCAGCUACUUUUCCGUUCGUUUCUUUUCUCCAUGGGUACGCCUUAAAAUAAUUUCUUUAUGGUUUUUAUUUUUUUUUAUUUUUCCCCUAAACAAACAAACAAACAAACAAAAACACAAAGACAGAAAAAUGCCCGAGUUUAUAUCCGUGGACGAGUUCAUCUCGGAGACUUGGGAAGACUACAGCUCUCCAACAACCUCUUCCUUCAUCACCAAAAUGACCAGCUGCAGGAAUUCCGUCAACAAUAUUGAAGAGGCUUUGGACUGUGACCGUACAGUGCUGCAGAAAAUGAAGAAAGCUUCCAAAGCCAAGCACGCCUCCGGUCAAGACCACAUAUCACAUUUGGAACUGUAUAUCAACUCCAUGGAGAAACUAGCUGUCAAUUUCCACAACAAUGGAGAGCAGGAAGUAGCGUCUGCCUUAAAUAAGUUUGCUGAAUUCUCCAAAGAGCUGCUGACACCAAUGAAGAACUUGUUAAAGAGCAUGCUCCACAAUAUCAGCUUCUUCCUGGACUCACUGGUGAAAGGGGAUUUGAAAGAGGUCAAAGGUGAUCUAAAGAAGCCAUUUGACAAGGCAUGGAGGGAUUACGAGAGUAAAUUCAAUAAGAUAGAGAAGGAAAAGCGGGAGCUGGCAAAACAGUACGGCAUGGUGAGGACAGAGGUGAGCGGUGGAGAGAUCGCCGAGGAGCUAGAGAAGGAACGAAGAAUGUUUCAGCUGCAGAUGUGUGAGUACCUCAUUAAAGUGAAUGAAAUUAAGAGCAAGAAAGGUGUGGAUCUGCUCCAGAACCUCAUCAAGCACUACUACUCCCAGGGCAAUUUCUUUCAGGAGUGCUUGGCUGCCACAGAGAAGCUGAAGCAGUACAUUGACACACUCGCCGGAAAACUCAGCUCUAUAAAGCAUAGUCAAGAUGAAGAAAGGAAGAAGCUGUUUUCUCUCAGGGACCAGCUGAGACCUGCCUUGCAGCCUGAAUUUAAGGAGGACUCUUUAUGUAAACAGACAGUGUACAGCAUGCACCAACUUCAAGGCAACAAGCAAUAUGGAACAGAGAAAUCAGGCUACCUCUAUAAGAAGAGUGAUGGGUUGAGAAAGAUGUGGCAGAAAAGGAAGUGCAGCGUGCAGAACUGCUAUCUCACCAUCGCUCACGGAACUCCAAAUAAACCACCAGCCAAACUGAACCUCCUGACCUGCCAGGUCAAACCCAGUCUGGAGGACAAGAAAUGUUUUGACCUCAUCUCUCAUAACCGCACUUAUCACUUUCUCACAGAGGAUGAGCCUGACUGUGUAGCGUGGAUUUCAGUUCUGACCAACAGUAAGCAGGAGGCACUGAAUGUGGCUCUGGAUGAGCACAAAGAAAGUGGAGAAAGCAGCGUGGAGGAUCUGACCCGGGCAAUCACCGAGGACAUCCUCCGCAUGCCGGGUAACCACAUCUGCUGCGACUGCGGUGCUCCAGACCCUACAUGGAUCUCUACAAACCUGGGCAUCCUGACAUGCAUUGAAUGCUCAGGGAUCCAUCGGGAGAUGGGCGUCCAUUACUCUCGCAUCCAGUCCCUCUCUCUGGAUAAACUCGGCACUUCUGAACUCUUGCUGGCGAGGAAUGUAGGGAACUUAGGGUUUAAUGAAAUUGUGGAGGCCAGUCUCCCCAGUCCAUCUCUGAAACCUUCUGCAGAGAGUGAUAUGUCGAUACGUAAAGAGUUCAUCCUGGCUAAGUAUGUGGAGAGUCAGUUUGCUCAGCGAAGUGGCGGUUCCCCUGACACCCUGCGGCGGCGAUUACAGGAGGCCGUACAUGCUCGAGACAUCUUCAGCCUUCUGCAGCUGUACGCAGAAAAACUCGACCUCAGCCUGCCUGUGCCCAGCCCGCUGCAGGAAAAACGGGAGACUGCACUGCAUCUGGCCGUCGUUUUGGCUGACCGGACCUCACUGCACAUGUUGGACUUCCUGGUACACAACUGUAAUAAUCUAGAUGCGCAGACUGUGAGGGGAAACACUGCACUGCACUACUGCUGUCUGCACAAUAAAACGGAGUGUCUGAAGCUCCUGCUGAAGGCCAAAGCCAACAUACAUAUCAAAAAUGAAAAUGGUGAGACAGCCCUGGAUAUCGCUCGAAGACUGAAGUACUCUCACUGUGAAGAGCUGAUCCAGCAGGCUCAGAAUAACCAGUUCAACAUGCACGUUCACGUUGAGUACGAGUGGAGACUGCGGCAAGAUGACUGGUAUGAAAGUGAUGAUGACCUGGAGGAUAAGUCAGGUCCUGUGAAAAAAGAUCGCUUCGUCCGUCCACUCAGUGUGUACCACAGCAGCAGUUCUCAUAAUCGAGGAGGAGGAGGAACAGGAGGAGGAGGAGGAGUCUUCAGCGCAGGCCGCAGGCUGCCUCCGUCACGAAAUGAGAACAAGCGGGAAAUGUAUGCUAUUCCCAGCCCACCGUCACGUAGCUUGGAGAGUCCUCCACCUCCUCCACCAUCUUCACCAGCACCUCCACUGCCCCCAAGAGUGAGAGCACCGAACAUCCCUCCUCCUCCCCCUCCUGUGAGUCCGCCAGAUGGCUGGAGCGAGGUCAGUUUCAGUGCAAAGAGAACUCCUCCUCCUCCUCUAGUGAUCCGACAUAAGCGGACCUACUCUGAGCCCUCGCCUCAGGUGCCUCACAGCCCCCGUGGAGACUGCAGCCCUGCAAACGCUGAUAACAGAGUGCCUGCAAGUCCUCGCAGCUUUAGUGUUCAAGAUUCGGCUUUUCAGAAGUGCGGCUCAGGGUCUCCAAAGUACACUGCACCAGUGACGACCCUCAACGCACUGUCUGAGCUGCCAGAACGAAGCUUUCCAGCAGAUGUUAAAAGCCACACUUCCCACUUCCUGUAUUCAACUGUGCAGAGCCGCAGCAGCUCGGGGAGACAGGGUCCAGCUCUCUCCCCCACCUCCCCUCGCUCUCUGAGCCUGGACUCUAACGGCAGCUCCUCAUCCUCAUGCCUUAGAGCCCCACACCCACUGCCCAGACGAACAAUGAUGAAGUCGAAGCUGAGACGGGUGAAAGCCAUGUAUGACUGUGUGGCUGAUCACCAUGAUGAGCUUACCUUCAGUGAAGGAGAGGUACUGGUGGUUCUAGCAGAAGAAGACACUGAUUGGUGGCAUGGAUACAUUGAGGGUCAGCCAAACAAGACUGGACUGUUUCCUGCAUCAUUUGUCUCCAUAUUAUCUGAAUGACACUGGGCAAAGGAGAUCAAGACAAAGAAAGUGAGGUGCCCUGCGGAUCCAGUCCCGAGCAUGUGAGAUGGGGAAAGGUGGCGGGGCUUCCAGGUGGUGUCACUUAAUAUCAGAGAUCAAAACAUCUACACAACGGUCAAUCAUUCCAGAUUCAUAUCUCAGUUGGCUCAUCUCCCGUUUUUUUUGAGUGCUAAAAUGUGCUAGCAUACUCAGCUGUUAAACUGCAGCACUCCUACUCAAGAUAAAUAAACGUUUACAGGCCUGGUAAUAUCAUCUAAUCGGUGUAGUCAUCACUGGAUGUUGUGGCAGUGUAAAAUCUUAUAAAUCUUGUAGAGACAAUUACAUUGUCAUAUCUCACAAGUUUAAUUUAUGAGAGCUAUGUAUCAUCAUGUAUGAUUAUGUAAGUCCAAAGAUCAUUAAAUAAGUCAUUAAUCAUAUAAAGGACAACCAGUGACGUCACCUGAAUUGUGAUUUUUAACCAUACACAACUAACAAUUGUCUCAUGAUAGCUCUAUGAUGUUUAAAUUUAAUUGCUUGUAUGCAUUACAUUAAAGGAUUAGUUUUAUGUGAACCAUUUUUUUUUUUUGUUUUAGGGCCAUUAAAUUGUACACUCACCACCUCAGCUCAAAGAAAUGUAGUCUUUAUGGCUGAUGUAGGAAGGAUACUGUGCGAUCAUGCUGUUCCUGAUGGAUAAACAGGACCCCUCGAUUUUUCAAAAGAUAUUUCAAAUCUUUUUCAAGAGGUCUGCCUAAAACAGCAGUGUGCGUUCUUAUCCAGAAAGGGUGCAGGUUUCCAUUCCAAGUCACACCUGAUUCCACCUGUUUAAUCAGUUGACCUUGGCUUUAAAUAGACUAUCAGGUAUGGCUUUUGCUAGGUUGGAAUGAAAACCUGCACCCAACCCAGCCCUCCUGGAUAGGAUUGGACAGCCCUGGCCUAAAACAACACAAUAAUAUGCUUUGAAAUGAUUUGUUAAAAUCAAAAAAACAAAAACAAUGAGCUUUUUCUGAAAACGUGAUUUUUUUUAAAAAUGCAUUUGGAAACAAGAACCUCUUUAGUGACUUAGCUUACAGCCCAGACAUGUCCGAGUAUGGACAUGUACUAUGUGUAUUUAAAUGGUGUGUAUGUUGAAUUCAUAGGAAGUAGGACCAAUUACUGGGGCAAUCAUUACUUUUAAAAUGUUUGAACUGUAUUAUUUUAUAAAUAACAAGUAA